AUGUUAGAUUGCGAAGAUCAUCCAACGGAUUCAAUUGAACAAGUUGAUCAGUUGAAUUUGAUGGCUGAUCUUCCAGAGUCGCAAGAUGAGCGAUCCUAUGAAUGCACGUACUGCAAGCAUGGGUUCACUACAGCACAAGCCUUGGGCGGGCACAUGAAUAUCCACCGGAAAGAUAGAGCCAAGAUUCGUAGGUCUAAUCCUUCCAACAACAAGAGUCCAAGCAUUAGAUUCUACGAGCCAUGUUUCAUCACAAGGUGCACCCAAGCUCGUCAUCAUCAAGAGGGACAGACUCACGAGUUCAUGUCAAGAUCGAGCCCUAGCUUGAUGCAUGAUGACAAUUAUCAUGGCAAACACCAAAACCCUAAUGGAUCGAUCACAAGCCCAUCUCGAGAAGAGAUGAGAUUGAGGUUAGGCUUAAGCUUACAAUUUGGUUGGUCAGAUGAAGAAGAAAGCAUUCGGGGGAGAAAUGAAGACGAUGAACUGGAUUUGGAGCUUCGACUCGGCCAUGAUCCAUGA